CAGGAAGGAUGUUCCUAAGCCAAAAGGCAGGAGCUGGAAGAAAUGGCUCUGAGAACGUCUAAAACGCAGCAAGGCAGUAUCACUUCAUCUCAGUUAAGAACGCAGUGAUAGGUCAUCUCCCUGAAAGGGACACAAUCUAGGGAGUGGCUCAGGCGUUCCAGGCAGGAAGUGGAGUCUGUCUGGGUGUGGAAGAUGUAGAUCCAGGUCCCAGACAGGAGCACACCACACUCUUGCCUGCCAGGGAGCUCAAGAAGGUGGCUGCUUCCUGCCGGUCCCUUGCCUCAGACUGAGAGAAUGGGUACCUUCGAGGGACACUUGCUUAUAGGGAUACUCUUUGUCAUCUUUGCCCUCUACUAUUCCAUGAUCACAUCCCUGGCACUACUCCGGGGACAGAAGAUUCUCACACCGCCUUGGUCCCUCAGGGAGAAGCAAGGACACAGGUGGUGGCAGCGGCUGCCCGUGAUAGGGACGGCGAAACUGGUCUUCAGUUUGCAGUUCAUCUUGCUUGAGUUCUUCUAUCCCCCAGGAUCGAACCGGCUGAAAUUGAUAGACCUGACGGAUCCCCGGCGGCCAUUCCUGUUCAAGGAAAAUUGGCAGCAUGCCACCAUGUAUGGGUUUUUUGCGCUCAGUGGCUUGGUGGACGUGGUGACCCAAGUGUGCCAGGCCUGGCCCAGCCUGAAGCUGGAGCGGGCAGUCGAGUCGCUGGCCUGCUCUGUGCUGGUGCUGGUCAUGGUCAGCCAUGUGGCCCACAAGGACAUCGUGGAAAUCCACAUUCACCUCCUGUUACUCCUGCCCAUAGCACUGUUGAGCCUGAUGCUGGCUGUGGAGGUAUGGAUGCCCCACCAGCCGGCACUCUGGGUGCUCAAGAGCUGGCUGAUGCUGGUGGUGGGCAGCUGGCUGGUGCAGUUGGGGGUGUUGAUCUAUGUACCACCCACCAGGCAGCCCUGGCGCUCCGACAACCCCACCGACCUGUCCUUCAUUGUGCUCUUCUUCUGCUGGCACCUGGGGUUGGCGGUCAUCCUGCUGGCCACUGUCUAUGGCCUCUGCAGCCUCUGGCUCCGUCACUGCUCCUCCAGGGAGGAUGCCAGGUACCAGCUGUGCCCCAGCAGGGAAGAGCUGGACAAGCUCAGGCCAGAGGCUGAGCUGCUGGACAAAGGGGUGUAGGUGGGCAGUGGCGUGCUCACCGUGUGUGGAGCACUGCACUGUCCCACUGGGACCUGCUGUAUGGCUUUCCCUCCCUGAUGAAUAAACCUGUCUCCUGGACAACUUGUGUCCCCCACUAA